AUGCAAGUUAACAAUAAACUAAUUGCUUGUAGUACUACUACAACUAGUACUACAAUUAUAAACCCGUUUAAACACCAAAAUCUUUAUCAUUCACCAUUAAAAAUCACAUGCAAAGUUCUGAAUCCCUCCAAAAAUAUACGUACAGCAUCAGCCAGUAUUAUUUCUCCUUCCCUCCCUAAGAUUAUUGAACCGCUUCCUAAAACUCAAACCGAAUCGCUACCAAAUUACAAACCAAAUCUUAAUAAUCCUCUACAAAGGCUAGCAUCAUUAGCUUUGGACAAAUUUGAAAAAUCAUUCAUUUUAGACCAACAAAAGGGACACCCUUUUCCUAAAACAGUUGAUCCCACAAUUCAAUUAUCCGGUAAUUAUGCUCCGGUUCAGGAGUCUCCCGUUCAAACCGGUUUAGAAGUCCUCGGCGAAAUUCCACCCGAUUUACAUGGAGUGUAUGUAAGAAAUGGAGCCAAUCCGAUGCUACCACCCUCUGGUGCUCAUCACUUGUUUGACGGUGAUGGGAUGAUCCAUGCCGUUAAACUUGGACCGGGAAAUAAAGCCUCUUACUGCUGCCGGUUCACUAAAACAAACCGGUUUGUUCAAGAAAAAGCUGCCGGGAGACAAUUAUUCCCGAAACCGGUUAGUGAAUUGCACGGUCAAACCGGAUUACUUAGGCUGGGUUUAUUUUAUGCACGUGCCGCUAUGGGGUUAAUUAAUCCUGCACGUGGGACAGGUGUCGCUAAUGCUGGGUUAGUGUAUUUUAACGGAAGAUUAUUGGCUAUGUCCGAGGAUGACUUGCCAUAUCAUGUUAAAAUCAACGGCGAUGGUGAUUUGAUUACGAUCGGACGGUUUGAUUUUAACGAGCAGGUAAACUGCCCUUUGAUAGCACACCCUAAGGUGGACCCUAUCACAGGGGAUUUUCAUACGUUAAGCUACGACGUCUUACGUAGACCGUAUCUAAAGUACUUUAGAUUCGAUAAGUGGGGCCAGAAAUCUCGUGAGGUACACGUGCCUCUUCCAAAGCCUACUAUGAUUCAUGACUUUGCUAUAACUCAAAAAUACGUAAUCAUCCCGGACAAUCAAGUUGUAUUCAAGUUAUCCGAAAUGGUUUGGGGCGGGUCACCUCUCAGGUUUGACCCAAAUAAAAAGGCCCGAUUUGGGAUUCUUUCAAAGGAGGAUACAAAUGGGUUGAAGAUAAAAUGGAUUGAAGUUCCGAAUAGCUUUUGCUUUCAUUUUAUAAAUGCAUGGGAAGAAAAUGAAGGUAGAAAUAUAGUUAUAAUCGGGUCGUGCAUGAGCCCACCCGAUUCAAUAUUUACGGAGAGUGAUGAACCGACCCAAAUAGAGCUUUGUGAAAUGAGAUUGGACCUCGAAACGGGUAAAUCAACCCGACGGGUGAUAGUUUCGGGUAUGAAUUUAGAAGUAGGGCAAGUAAGUAAACAUCUCUUAGGAAGAAAGACAAGGUAUGUUUAUAUGGCAAUAGCCGAUUCAUGGCCUAAAUGUGAUGGUAUUGCAAAGGUUGAUUUGGUGAAUGGGAAAGUGAGCAAGUAUAUGUAUGGGCAUGAUAGAUAUGGUGGGGAACCUUGCUUUGUUCCGGCUAAUUAUGCAAAUAAUAAUAAUAAUAGUGAUUGUUAUGAUGUUAAUAAUGAAUUAGGAAAUGAAGAUGAAGGAUGGAUAAUUAGUUUUGUGAGGGACGGAAAUGUAGAGAGAUCAGAGUUGGUGAUUUUAACAGCUAAGGAUAUGAAACAAAUAGGAUGUGUAUGUAUGCCAUCUAGGGUUCCUUAUGGGUUUCAUGGCACGUUUCUUGAUCAAAAGCAAUUAAGUGUACAAAAAAAUAAUUAA